AUGAAGUUCUUCAGCCGCCUCCUGGUCUUGGGUCUCGGCUCCCUCUCUCUGGCCUCUCCCGUCGCAGAACCCGCAGAGGUUGCUGAACUGGCGCCAACGCUGUACCUCUGCGGCGACAGUACCAUGGCUAGAGGCAACGGCGUCAUCGACGGCUGGGGCCAGCACAUUUCCAAGUACGUCAACAUCCCCGUCGUCAACAAGGCCAUCGGCGGCCGCUCCUCGCGCUCCUUCACCAACGAGGGCCGCUUCACCGAGGUUGCCAACCUGGUCAAGGCCGGCGACGUUGUUGUCAUCGAGUUUGGCCACAACGACGUCGGCAGCCCCAACGGCGCCGACGACAACGGCCGCUCGGUCUGCGGCGGCUCCGGCACCGAGGUCUGCACGUCGGGCAAGACGGGCGAGAAGGUGUACACCUUUGUCUUCUACGUGAUCCAGGCCGCCAAGCUGUUCACUGCCAAGGGCGCCACGGUGGUGCUGAGCUCGCACACGCCCAACAACCUCUGGAUCACCGGCAGCUUCCAGACCGGCUACGACCGCUUCAUUGGGUUCCAAGUCACAGCCCGUGACGCGCUGGCCGACCCUGCAGUCACCUUUGUGGACCACUACGAGGCCGUCGUCAAGGGCUACAAGAAGCUCGGCAACUCUGGAACUAACGCAUUCUACCCUCAGGACCACAAGCACACCGACGCUGCCGGUGCUGAUUUCAGCGCCAAGGCGUUCGCUCAGGCUAUCCAGAUCAAGCUGAACGGCACUACCAGCUUGUUUCCUCACCUCAAGUCCGGAAACCCCACGGUUUGGUAG